AUGGUGAACGUUCCCAAAACGAGGAAAACCUACUGCAGCAACAAAUGCAAGAAGCAUACCAUGCACAAGGUCAGUCAGUACAAAAAGGGAAAGGAACGAUUGUCGGCCUUGGGAAGAAGAAGAUACGACAUGAAGCAGAAGGGAUUCGGAGGCCAAACCAAGCCCGUUUUUAAGAAAAAGGCCAAAACUACCAAAAAGAUCGUUCUCAAAUUGGAAUGCACAAAAUGCAAGAAAAAACGAUUUCAGACCCUGAAGAGAUGUAAAACUUUUGAGAUGGGAGCCGAUAAGAAGAAAAAGGGAGCCGUUUAUUAA